AUGUCUAUGCAAGUAUGGAGGAUUCAGAAGGUGCUGCACGAGCAGCGCAUCACCUGCAUAUCCUACAACCCGAAGCGGCGCGAGGUGCUCACCGGCAGUGAGGACACCACUGUCCGGGCAUGGGACAUCGACUCCGGCCGGCUCGCGCGAACCAUGGCCGGCCACCGCGGCUGGGUCACCGACAUCGAGUGGAUUCCAACGCUCCAGGUAGUCGUGUCGUCCUCCAUCGACGGCUGUCUGAUCGUGUGGAGCCCGCACGGCGCCAUCCUGCAACAAACGGAGUUGUUCAGCGGUCCCAUUCAUGCCGUGGCCUUCCACCCGAAGCACAACACCCUCAUUGCGGGCGGAACUGGCACCAUCGUCGUCUUCAAGGUCUCGAGGUCGAUUCCUCGGGAAUACUUCUCGUCCUCGAUCGACCCGUCCCAGCAGAAGUCCAAGGCCCCCAUGGCUGACUCAGGCGUGCAGAUUCUGAAGCUGGCAUGCAGCCCGCUGACCUUCCACGAGGACAUCUGCCAGAACAUCAUCACGACACAAACAGGCCGUACCUUCGCCGCGGGCUAUGACCGCAUCGUCUACUACUUCGAGGCAGAGGAUGCCCAGGACGUGACGGCGUUCCAGGCAGGCGGUGGAGGCCACACGGCCGCGAUUUCCUCCAUGACCGUCGACGACGAGACCGGCGUGGUCAUCACGGGCAGCUUCGAUGCGACGGUGAAGGUGUGGUCCAGCGAGGGGCGUCUGCUCGACUCGUAUGAAGGCAUCGGCGAGUCUGUGCAGAGCGUGUGCUACGUGCCCAGCAUGCGGUCGAUCUGGGUCGUCGGCACGCACCGCACGCAGGUGGUGUGCUCGCGCACGGGCGAAAUGAUCACCGCGCAGGUUCGCGACAUGUGCAGCCUGGGCGACGUGUCGCUGUCGUUGCUGCGGAUGGUGCCGCAGGCCGGGCUGCUCAUGGGCGUGUCGGACCGCAGAGACAUGGUGUUCUGGCGGUUCAAUCCCUCGCGGCCACUGCGGCUGCUGUCGCAGCCCAGCGCUUGGCUGGAAUGUCUGAUGGUUACGCGGCCACAGGAGGGCGCGGGGCUGGAGAUGGUGAUUACGGGCACCAGCGACGGCAGGUUGUUGGUGUGGAGUGAGGAUGCUGACAGGUCUGGGCAGCUGACGCUCAUGGUCCGGGAGGAGCUCUGGAUGUGCAAGCGCAACAUUCUCUGCUGCACGUACGCCAUGGACAUCGGAGUGUUCAUCGGCGGCGCCGAAGACGGGCGGAUCCACGCGUACAGCUGGUACAAACAUACGCGCGGGAAGGGAGGGACUGGCGGGGAGCAGCUGGCCCUGACACUCGAGGGCCACAACGAUCGCUGUACCGGUGUGGCCUACAUUGGCCAGAAGCGGGUGGCCUCGGUCUCGUCCGACUGCACGCUGCGGAUCUGGGACCUGGAUGUCGCCGCGGAGGUUUGCUGCGUGGAGAUGAAGGACGACGCCAUCACGCUGACUGGCGUCCAGUACAUUCCGGAGCGCGAGGAGCUGCUGGUGAUGGGCGCCAGCGCGGUGGUCCUGGUGAUGUCGUCCGUCUCGCUGAAGACCAAGUACUGGCUGGUCGGGCACACGGCCGAGGUGACGCAGUGCCAGUGGAGCAAGUCUCUCAACGGCUUCGUCUCAACGUCCGACGACGAAACGGUGCGAGCGUGGUCCUUUGACGAGUCGAUGCGCGAGCAGUUCGAGCGGCGAUCCGCGAACGAGGACGACGAGGAUCACCACAGCGAGGAGAGCGACGAAGAGGAAACGCGGGAGUCCCUGGUGCAUGUAGAUGACAAGAACGUCGGGCUCGCGGCGAGCAAGUUCAAGGCCUUUACGAAAGUGGCGGCGAAGAAACGCGAGGAUGAGAGACGCAGCAACGCGAGCUCCCCGAGCCCGAUGGGGCGGCACGCGUCGCAGAGACGCAGGGCCCCGGCGCUGGCACGGAUCAUGCGCAACCUGUCGUUCACGGCGAUGAACUCGCUGGAGUGCGAACCGCCGGAAAUCGUCGGCAUUCGGACCACCACAGGCGGAGGCGUCUCGGCGAUGUACGUAGAUGAUGAGCAGGGCUACGUCGUCCUUUGUAUGUUGGACAAGUGUGUCCGCGUGUACACCCUCAAGGGCCUCGAGAUCUUCGCCAAGCUGCAGGGCCACGACGACUCCAUCAGGGGCGUUGGAGUGCUCCGUGGCCUGAACUGCUACGUGAGCUGUGCGUGGGAUGGCGCCCUCAUGCUGUGGAACACGGCCCCUGUGCUGCGCGACAUCCAGCGCCGCGACCGCAAGCAAGUGGCCAUGUCCAAGCCAGCGAGAGAAGAGGACAUGCCGCAGCAGCGCAAGCCCGGGAUCGUCGAUUCUGAUGACGAGGAUCACAGGGAGUUCAAGAGCGCGUACGAGGCAGCGAAUCCGAUUUACAUGCCUGAGUCGCUCAAGGCAGGCAGAAGGAACAGGGGCGGUUGGGCGAACAACAACAUCGCGAUCGACUCGUUCGUGGACGACGAAACAGCGGCGGCGUCGAAGGACGACGAGCUCCCUCGCACGGCCCUUGCAGCGCAGCUCGCCGCUGUGGAGCAACAGCUGCUGGUGAAGCUCUGGGGCCGCGAGCCGCCGCAAGAGAGCGAGCGCGAGAAGGUGCGGGACCUGAUUGUUGGUGCCAAGGAGACCCCCGAGGGGGGAGUGGUGUUGCCCGACGGGGGGGAGUUGCAGCGCUGGAAAGCCAAGCAGCGCAAACGUCACGAGGUGCACGCUCACCGACAUCUGGAACAGCUCGCGCGGGGCGGCGGCGGUGGCGGCAGCUGA